AUGCCGCGCUGUGCCGCAUCCGCCUCCGCAGUCACAGCGCUCUUCUUCUCCGCCGAGCACCGACCUGUCCGGAAGCGGUUCUGCCUGAUUUUCACCAUUAUCUCUUGUUUCCACAUUCUCACUUCUCGGCUCAGCACCGAAGAUGCUGACAACCGCGAAGCGCCACUCCCCUCCGGAAGUCGCUUCCACAAGCUUUUCCGCGCGGGGGCGCACGACAACGAAGCGGUGAUAAAGGCGAAGGAAGAUUUCAUCGGUGCGUCGAAGCCAGCGGGUAAGAAACCAUCAUCUUCGGCUGCCGCUAGUACAACAGCGUCGCUAUUCGACAAAAAUCCUUUCUACACGGAGAUCUGCAGGCCGCUCACGGAAGUGCCAGUCACGGAGGCGAAUUUUUUAUCCCAUACUGCUCAGUAUGGAAGUGUCAGGAUUGAAAUCGUCAAAGUUGAAAUGAUUUCUCAUGCAUAAAUUGCAAGACAUGACGCGCCUCUCUUGCAGGGAUGGCAAGUGAGGCCGACAGUCCGCCUGUUAUUUGGGGUCUGCGAUAGAGCUGCUAAAGUAGCAUGACAAAAGACGCCUUCUAUCCCUAAACAGCAUGACAAACUGGGUUUAGACGGUGCCGAAAUUUGUCAUGUGCCGCUUGGAAAUUGGGCUUCCAACUGGUAUCGAUUUUAUGCAUUGCAAGUUAUUUCAACUCUGACGAUUUCACUCCUGAGACUCCCACACUCAGCUGGAGAAAAAUACGGCUUUCACGAGCAAAUUGGAAAGCUAUCGGAGGCAAGCUAGGGAAAAAGCUGUUUCGUCGUUAUCUUCGUCCGGCGCAAGACCAAUGUCCUCUGCCAUGCGACCCCCUGCUGAACAUGUUGACAGCUCUCCUCUCGACCUGAGUUUUCUCACCGAUGUCAUCACGAGCAUCACAAAUUCCAAUCCUGGGAGUGCUCUCUCCACCCACACUGUCAAACAGCAGUGCUUCGACUGGGUCAAGAACCGCGGCUACUUAUCGCGAGAAAAAAGUGUUACCGUUACACAUUUGUUGGAUUUUCUGCAUCACAAAGUUGCUCGACAUGGCAAAUCAAACCUGUGAUGCGCAGACUAUAGGGGAAAACACGAAUGAAAUGAGGUUGGCAAGCGUUUCCUGCAUGACAGAGUUUGUCUGUCUUGCUUGUCUGCCAUCAGAGUGUGUAACUGUAACACUUUUUUCUCAGGAUACUACUAUCUCGAUUCCCCGUUCUCCGAGGAAGAAAAGCAGUUCCCCUUAUAUGACCCGCUCAGCUGUUGCAAUCUCAACCAUUACAAUAGAAUAUGGAAAUCUGUGAUCCAAGAGCGCAUAAGCUAGCCUCCUUCCAAAGGAUUGCGCAUGACAAGUUUUGGAGCCCCAAACCCACCUACAACCCGGCGAGAUUUGUAUUGCGAAAAGCUCAAUCCUGUGUGCGUUCCUCAUUGUCUUCAUGCAAGACAAAAUCCAGAUUCUAUCGUAACGUUUGAGAUUGUAACGCUUGAGCAAGCCAUACCUUAGCUUACAUUCUGCUCGUUCACAAGCACAUUGGCCAGGUCGAGAGGCUGUUGCGCGCCAUCUGGCACCGUCAGAACUACUACUGUAUCAAAUGUAAAAGUGUCUGGGUCUGGAAGAGUGCGCGACUUGUCAUGCAGCUUUUGUAUGACCCAUGAGGUCUGGAGUGCGGGACCUAGCAUGACAGAUUCUGCGCGAUCUCUGUCAUGCCUAUCCUGCAUGAGAAACUCCCUCCCGACUUGGUCAAAACUGGACGACGUUUGGUAAUCAUGCAACACAGAUUUUUGCAUGCUUCAGAUUUAGCAUGACAGGUUGCAUUCUUCCAGACCCAGACAUUUUUACAUCUGAUAUACUGCGUACACGUGGACAUCAAGGCCGACGAAGAGUUCCGGAAUAUCCUGCGUAAAACCGUCCUCAUCCCAUGGUCAAGUUGGAAACUUACCAACACAAAUCUAGAAGUUUUGGGGGCCGCGCAUGACAAGUUGCAGUGCGUAGGGUAGGGCGGGUUCGUAAGGACAGCCGCAUCGCAAAUCCGUCUGCUCAUCCUGCUUACAGCAUUAGAAAUCCCAAAACGCGACUAGAUAUGCAUAUGCCUCUCAUGGGGACCCGCAUUACAAAUGUUUCUGUGGAUGCAAAUCCACAUGACAACUAUGGGGUGGGGACGUUUUUGCUCAGGAUACGGAAUCAGGUGAGAGCACUGGUCCACUGCUUGAAUUUAGCGGCUAUGAAUUGCAAAAGCAUCGUACUAGUAUAAAUUGCAUUACAAAUUGGAUUAGCAUUACAAAUUGAAUUUGUAAUGCGGAUUUGCCUUAACAAAAAGAUUUGUAAUGCAUAAAUGCAAUUAGUACGAAUACGAUACUUUUGCACAGGAUAGCGGCGAACUACUACGACCCGGGUAGAAGCACCACCAAUUUUGACGCCAAGAACGACCUGCAGGAGCUUCACCAGAUGGAACAUCAAAAGCGCAACACGUUUCUCGCAUCAGACCCGGUUGGCGUUUACUACGUGAGUUGGACGCGCGUGGAGGCGGACAUGCGGUGUCUGCAGGAUUUGCGGAAGUUCGACUACAAGUAUGUGCUGAACCUCUGUGGACAGGACUACCCCCUUAUCAAACUGAAAAAAGCCCCCACCCCAUAUCGGAAACGGAAGAUGCGCGAAUUUGUGAUGCUGUAUUUGAGUACACAAAUGGACUUGUAUUGCUAGAAGGCCAAGAAACGAAGCUGCGGCCUAAAUUGCAGGUAAUCUGUCAUGCUGCUUUCCACUUCCAGUUCGUUGCCUCCUGUCAUCCUGGAGCUGCAAGGCUUUCCCACGCUAGGCAGCACUACGGUCCGCAUCUUUUGCCUUCUAGCAUCACAAAGCUGAUUUGUGACCACAAAUCUGCAUCACAGAUUUCCGUUUUGAUAUGAGGAGGAGGCAUUUUUCAUUGUAAUACCCCUGAAAACGAACUUGCAGAAAGUUCGGGACCUGAAAGCGUUAAACGGGCGGGCGGAGACAUAUGAGAGUGCACAGCUGCUCCCCCUCCCCCUCAUUUGUCAUGCAAAAUACCUAAUCCAAGUGCUUCCCUAUGGCACUCUUUGCAUGACAGAUGUUGCCGAAAGCCCAAACAGUACCACACUAGGCGAAUGAAUUUGUCAUGCACAGGCACCACGUGUGCUGGUGUUUGUAUUGCUGUUCAUGCAAUACUGACAAAUGAGGAGGAGGGGGACGUGUGCACUCUCAUUAGACCUACAGUGUGGAUAUGAACGUGGAGGAAAACAAGCUGUGGCGCGUCCGGGAAACCUGGCGGGUGAAGGACUUCGUGCAGAGGGCCAUCGAUGCAGAGCGGAAUUGUAUCCUGUGUAAAAGCAUCCCCACCCCAGAGUUGUAAUGGAGAUCUGCAAGCGCAAGAGCGUUUGUAAUGCGCAUCCCCAUGAUAGGCAUUCCCGAUCGUGCUUUGGAACUUGUAAUGCUGUAAACAGGAUAAGCAGAUGGAUUUGUAAUGCGACUUCCCUGUUCCAAACUGCACUACACUAGUACAGCUAGCAAUUUGUCAUGCGUGGCUCCCAAAACUUGAAGGUUUGUGUUGCAAAAUCCCCAUCUUGACUCUGGGGUGGGGACGUUUUUCAUUAGGAUAAAUUGCAUGCAGGAGAAAAUCUGCGCGGAGAAGAAAAAACAGGCGCAUUUGCUGGACCAGGACUGGAGAGCGUUUUUUUCGCACCUGAAAUUCCUGAAGACGUCGUCGGGGGCUGCAUCAAAAUCUGCAGCGGAAAGGGAAAUCGCGAAAGCGGGGGCGCAGAACAGGUAUCUAAUUAUACUUGUGUUGCCUGUUCCGAGCGCGUUCUUUUGCGAACUCUCAAAGCGGCAUGCGAAAAGAGCGAGUUUGCGUUGGGUGCUUCUUGGCCUCAAAGAUUUACUUACCCGGUCGUCUGCAUAUAGCGAAGAGGCAUACUACAGUGUAGCUUUUCGUAUAGUUUUAGACUUACAGGGAGAUGACCAAUUAAGAAUUCCUCCAGUUCUUGCGUCCACGGGAAGAAAUUUCUCCAGGGAUACUAGAAUUCAAAUUUUCAUCUGCCAAUCUUCACUGAAACCAGCUACACGGACACGAGCUUCAUUUUUCACGACACUGCCGCUCCCGAGCGAGGCAACGGCCGACGCGACUGGUGGGGCAGUCCGUUUGGAAAAGACACCGGCGUUUUUGUAUCCAGGAAAAAACAACCAUCUCCAUCCAUUUUAUGCAUCACAAACACAGGACGUCGCUCAUGCUUUGCACGACAAAUUGGAUGGGGAUGGUUGUUUUUUUGUGGAUAUUUUGCCGGUUCGGCCUAUUACGCACUCAGCAAGGUGACGGUUACCUUUAUGCAAGAGGAUUUCCAGGUACAAAAAUUUCUGAACUGGACCAAACUCCACUACGAAUCCGACGAAAGCUUCUGGGGCACUUUAAUCCGGCACUAUCCGACCGUCCCCGGAUCCUUCCCCCCGCUAUCAAGUGCAAAUAUGUCUGGGUCUGAAAGGAUGCAUUUUUGUCAUGCUUGUCUUUGUCUUUCAUGACUCGUAAUAUAAAUGUGUCAUGCACGUUACACAAGAGCCCCAGUUUUCUGUCACGCAGAAACGCAGUUUGUCGUGCAGAAAAAUAGGCAACACCUAGAAGCUCAGAAAAUUGUCAUGGUGAGCCAGCAGUUGUGGGCUCCUCAUGAUACGCCACCCAGCAUCACAAGUUUCCACAUGACCCAGACACUUUUGCAACGCAUACCCGCACAGAGAUUACGACCUGUCGGAGCUGAAAUCCAGGUCGCAUCUGUAUAACUGGGAGGACCGGGCGAUGACGAAGGCUGUGUACGCGAAGACGUACGACCAAGUGCAAACGCAGGCGAAAUACCUGCCAGUGAAAUUUCUCUACAACUACGUCUUGCGGUUUUUGUUCAACUGGAACGACGACGAGAUGGCGGUAGUCCAGAACAAGGGCUUUUUUACCACUUUCAUCGGCACCUUCAACGUCAACAGCGAUCCGUACUUGAUAUCCUGUGCAAAAGUAUCGUACUCGUAUAAAUGCAUCACAAAUUUCCUCAGCGUGAGAAAUAAAGUUUGUAAUGCGGAUUUGCCUCAAGAAAAAGAUUUGUAAUGCAUGACUGCGAUUAGUACGAGUGCGAUGCUUUUGCAUUUGAUACUUGAUGGAAAGGGUCAAUGUCAUCGCGAAUCCCAAAUGUUAUCCAGAGGAAAUUUUAUCCCGUUCCCGCACAGGUGCAAAUGCAUAUGCAGCUUCUGCAUGACAAAGUUUGGCGGAGCGAGUUUGUCAUGCACUUUGUUUGUGCGUCGUGUAGAAGUACGGGAACAAAUUUUUAUUGCAUAAGCCCCACGGGAAGUACAUUCGAAAAUCCUGUACCUACGGCGCUUUAGAUCUUCCCUGGAUCGUAUCGUACGAAAAGAGUGUUUCACUGUAAGGAUUUUGCAAGUUUGGCAUGACAAGUUCGUUACACAUGACAGGGAAAACUUGGCAUGCGAGGUUCCUAAGGGAAAACACAGCUAAAAAUCGCCUGUCUUGCAUGUGUAGCAAGACAAACACUUCUGAGAUGCAGUUUCUGCAUUACAAGUUUACAGUGAAACAGUUUUUUCUUGCGAUAGAUCGCACAGAUGCCGCAUUGGACCGGGAACAAGUUCGAUUACAACAUGGACCCGGUGCCGAUAGACUGCUUAGACCUAGUCUUGCGGAGAAAAACGCUUGAGGAUGCAGCGGGGCAUCAAGUGGGAGAACUAAGCGGUAAAGUGCCAGCUCCUGCCACGACUAGUGCUGGUACACCGUGAGAUUCCAGUUGCGAGCAUCGCAUGCUAUGCGUCGAGUUUCGCAGUGCGCUACUGCAGAAUAUGCUAGAAUGUUUGGAGGAGGAAUUGACUCAAUGCGGUUUCAGCCGGGAAGAACAAGAGCUACUAACGAACUCUACGCGUCAACGCCAUAAGUAGAGAUGAGGAACGUGAAGUGUACUUACGCGCGAUCACACGAAUGAAGAU